AUGUGGUUAUAUAAUGAUCAAAUUUUGACUACACAUCCUGCGAUUGCGAUACAAAAUCAUUUGCGAGAAUUGGUAAUAAAAGAUAUACAACCGAAUCUUCGUGGUACAUACUCCUGCUAUGCUUUUUCAAUUGAUAGUCAUAAUUUCUCAGAAUGUGAUAUUAACGUUAUUCGACAGCCAAAAUGGAAGAUACCACUCAAAAAUGCUGAAGCAUGCUUUACUCACAACGUUACAUUUCAGUGCGUUGCUGACGGCGAUAAUAUUAUUUACUUGUGGUACCAUAAUGCGCAGCGCAUCCAUAAUGGUAGCAAAUAUACCAUUACAAAUAACGGUAAUCUAACCGUCCACAACGCUAUUAUCGAAGAUGCAAAUAUGUAUACUUGUAUAGCUAUGAAUAGUAUUGGCAAUAUUGUAAGUAAUGCCUACCUGAAUGUC